AUGUUUUUGCUGCGCAGGUUACUGGCCCCUCUAUGCAUAAUAAUUGUAAGUGUCAGCCACCAGAACGCAAAAGUUUGCUCGAACAAGUUUCAAGCGAACGUGCUGAACAGCGGCACACGUGUAGGGGAGCAGCCUCCCUGGGGGACGACAGCCCUGAAGAGGGACACGAAAAGGAAAAAUGGUCUCUUCAAGAAUGACAAGAAACAAAAUGCGACAUCACAAUAUGGCUACUACUUUACUAAGGAGAAAAACAAAAUAGUAAAAAAAAAAAAAAAAAAAUUUUCACUGAAUUAUUCUAGAGACCCUAAAACAGCAACGAGGGGGACAAAAAGAAUAAAAAUAAAAACAAAAACAAAACUUCGCUCCCCCCUCCUUUUUAUAUCCCCCUUAUCAACAUCAUUAAACGAGAUUAAUGAAAGUGUGAAGGCUCUGUUCAACUUAGACUACAUAGAAAAUAGCUACCUCUAUUCAUAUAUUAAAUCAUUUAAAAGGACACCCCCCUUAACCAAACUUUACCUCCUAGGCACUUUCAUCUUAAGCAUAUGCAUGCAUGUAAAUAAGAAUAUAUACAAGCUCAUUGUGUUCGAUUUCGAAAAAGUAUUUUACCAACGUCAAGUGUGGAGAUUAAUUACUCCUUACUUUUAUAUAGGUAAUUUAUACCUCCAAUAUAUUCUUAUGUUUAAUUAUUUACACAUCUACAUGUCUUCGGUUGAAAUUGCACACUACAAGAACCCAGAGGACUUGCUCACAUUUCUAACUUUUGGCUACCUGUCCAAUCUCCUCUUUAUAAUAAUCGCAAGUAUGUACAAUGAAAAUGUGAUGAACCUUCAAGGGUAUGUGAAUGAAGUUAAGAGAAUUUUUUUUUCAGGGGGGAAGAGUAUUUCCGCCAAGGCGAACACAGAUGUACGUAUAACAAAAGAGCAGUAUAACCACCUUGGUUAUGUUUUCUCUACCUACAUACUCUACUACUGGAGUCGGAUCAACGAAGGCACCCUCAUUAACUGCUUCGAGCUUUUCCUGAUCAAGGCUGAGUAUGUCCCUUUCUUUUUUAUUAUACAGAACGUUUUACUAUACAAUGAAUUUUCUCUCUUCGAAGUUGCGUCCAUUUUGUCCAGUUACUUUUUCUUCACAUAUGAAAAAUAUUUUCAAUUGAAUUUCGUGCGGCGCUUCAACCUCGCCCUGCUCAAGGCGCUGCGCCUCUACCCCAUGUACGAGGCCUACAGGGAGGAGUACGAGUAG